AUGGAUUCUUAUGACGAAAAGACAGGUAUUCGGACAGGCCACCGCUUUUAUGUAGAAGGUGAUCAGUCCUAUCAGAUGUCUAAUGAGCUUUGGACAGCAGGAUCCACUGUCUCGUUCCGUGAUAUCAACACAUCUAGCGGUGAGCUAGGCCGGCUUUUUACGAAGAGAAGGUGUCCGAAAGCAUUCCGAUGGAAGCCACGACAACCAAAGAAGGUUUGGAGGGAGAUCAUUGUAGAGUACGCGAACGCCAGGUGUGAGCGCAACGACGUUGUAGUGACUGUCGAUGACAUGUUGGGGAUGGCUCGCCGCGCAGAGUAUAACCGGCAGGGAGAGGCGCACAUCCAAUUCAAACGCAGGUUCUCGUUCGGCACAAGUACUAGUAUUUUCAAAGUGAAAAGGACCCAAUACUACAACAGCCAUGUAUUGUUUAGUGUAAAUGUUGGUCUUGAAUUUGGGAGUAACAAGGAUUGUCUCCGCUUCAUUCACCAUGAUAUCCAUCAGUUACGCUGGAGAGAGGUCGUACAAAAUGAGAACGACGACGCGCACACCAUUGUAGAUGAUGUGUGUGAGACAGUCGCCGCUCUUGCCCUCGAUUAUCGACAUGAAGCGCUAGCUGCUAUUGAGCGCGGGCUUUCAAGCGACGACUUCGAUGUCGAGUUCACCAGACCUGAGACGCAACUGACACGCCGUCGAGCUUCUCCUCCCGCCGAGAACGAUACCCGCCGAUGCUUUGUAAUGCUGCAUCUCUCUGCAUACGCUUGGGCCCCUUGCGAUGGCCUGCCGUCAUCCAUUGCCGACGUUCAUUGGACUGCAACCGACAGCCCUCGCGCCUUUCCAUCUCGUUCUAAUCCCUUCCAAUACCUCAACAACUUCCACCUCUCACUCCCCUCAGCCGCAUCUGCGGAUCGCAGCCCCUGUUCGUCCUCGCCGCCCCGUGCAAGUCCUCUCACCAUCACCUUCUCCGCGCAGGGCAUCUCGUGCUUCACGGGCACGAAUGCCAUGUCUGCUGGCAAUGGUCUCACUAUCAACGGCACGAAUCGCACCGUUGUCGUGAACCACAUUGGUGCCGUCAUGGGGGACUAUUUUGGCAUUGUUAAUGGUGGUAAUGUUGGGGGAACUAAUAACACCAACCACGUCCAUUCGUACUCUCGCUGA